AUGUCGUGGUCUGGCGAUUAUUCAUCACUACAGGAGUUCUUUGAAGACAAGUUGUGUUUAGUUGGAAAAUGGUCAUCUAUUGGGGGCGAAAAGAAGCAGUUCGAGGGGGGAAAUAUUGUGAUAAAUUGGUGGAAAAACAAAAAAUAUUUGGCAAUCUCCGGCGAGAAGGCAAGUGAUAUUGUGUGUAGAUUAACAACAUUGUUUACCGACACUUAUAUAUUCGACGAUCAUUGCACUGCCGCAGUUGAUGUUGAGAAUCCGAUUAACAAUAACUGUUCUUGUUUGCGUGUGGAAUCAACUGUUGAAACGGAAUGCAUGAAAAAAAACUGCAAUGUUGUGGAAGCCGCAAAUGCUGCAAUUAACCCAAAUAUGACAAAUAUUGGCGGCCAAAUAUGCCAUUGUAAAUGUAGAGAACUGUCCACGGAUUUUGAGGGUAUAAAACUUGACCUAGUGGUCAAUGAAAGGAUUAUUCUUGAUAACACCUCCCGUAUUAGCAAGGUCGAAGGUUUAUUGGCGAGAUUUCAAACCGAAAACGAAGAAAUGAAACGCCAAUUAAGUAGUUUUGAAGCAAAAAUCACUGAGCCGUUAAAUCAAACAUGCAUACAUCAAACACUCGAGCCUCAUGUUGACCUUGAAAAUAAUACGAGAGCCUCUAGUUCUUUACAAUGUCUGGAUAAUAUGAAAGUUUU